AUGAAGCGUGACGUUUCGGUUCUUCAGCUCCUCGUGUUUUUGUUUGCACAUGCCCGAGCAGAGCCCCCUCCAGAGUGUGCUCCGGGGGGCCACUCCGUGCUCCAGGAGCCAUACCGCAGCGCCACCUUCAGCUCCAGUUGGUUACAGCAGUCCUCUGUGCACGAGCUCAUCUGUGACCACUCCCUCACAGCCGGAUGGUACCAGUUUCAACUGUUCCACAAACCUGCCAGCAUGCCCACACACUGUGUGCAGGUGAACCACUGUGGCACCCAGGCUCCGGUGUGGCUGUCUCUGGGUGAGGGAGAGACUCUGCCUGGGCCGGGGGAGGUGAGGCAGCUCUCAGCCUGCGCGGCGUGGCACCUUUACCCCAGCACCAGCACAGACUGCUGCAUGUUCCGUCUGCCCGUCACCGUGCGCCACUGUGGGAACUUCUAUGUUUACCUGCUGCAGCCAACCCAGGGCUGUAUGGCAUACUGCGCCCAGGAGGUGCCCCCUCCUGCCCCGUCCUCGGUGCUGAUUGCCCCAGAGUCCAGAGGAAACAGCGUGUAUCUGAGGUGCUCCUUCCACAGCGGCUCCAACAGCUCCGUGGGCUUCAUGGUGUCCUGGUCCCGUCUCUCCGCUCUGGGCCUGAGGGAAGAGCUCAAACAGGAGACCACCCUCCACACCUCCGCCCUCAUCGAGCUCGACGGGUUCAACCUGCGCCUGGGAGACAAGAUUUACUGCUCCAGCUCCAGUUUCUUCUUGGACUCUCCAGAGAUCCACAGCCCGUCGGUGGAAAGUGCAGAGUUCUUCGCUGGAAUCAGAUUGAGAGCCGCUCAGAGCCGUGUGUCUGAGGACGGGAGACUGUACGAGCUGCUAGUGGAGAGCACAGUCCCAGUGCCAUGUCUGAAAGAGAAAGACUCAUCUCCACACGACUGCACCCUGAGUCUGGACAUCAGCACCAGCAGCCAAGAUGAGGAGCAGUUGGGAUCAGACGUGUCGCUCUCGUCCUGUGCCGUGGAGCUGGGCGUGGGGCCGUGUGCAGAGGGCGUGUGCAGUCAGGCUCUGCUCCACUUCAGCCCCGUCACAGACUUCAUCCUGGACGGAAACCGAACCACCAACAUCUCUGUCAAACCCAUCGCCACCGACAACUUCCUGUGGAACGGAUACACCCCAGAGUCUACUCAGAUUACAGUGACAGAUGUCCCGUCUGCCUACUGCUAUGUCUUCACAGAUCCUCACACUGUCACCUUUGAUGGAAGGUCUUAUGAAAACUACCAGAUUGGCACCUUUGUUCUGUACCGGAGCGUGGCGUGGGCGGUGGAGGUGCACGUGCGUCAGUGGGAGUGUGGCAGUGUGGAGCACGCCGCCUCCUGUGUCUGUGGGUUUGUGCUUCGAGACGGACACGACGUCGUCUCCUUCGACAUGUGCGACGGAGAGCUCGGAGAAACCAAACCCCAGCUGUCCGUCAAGAACAAGGGUCUGAACAAGAGCAGCCUGCGCAUCACAGAGUCCUACCAGGGACGAAAGAUCACUAUGAGCCUCUCGUCUGGAGCGUUUGUCCGGGCUGAUGUGUCCUCAUGGGGGAUGAGUCUGACGCUGAGGGCCCCUGGAGCCGACAGGGGCCACACCCAGGGCCUCUGUGGGACCUACGAUGGACAGACUCAUAAUGACUUCCACUCAGCAGAGGGCGCUCUGCUGCCAGAUGAGCACAGUUUUAUCUCAGCCUGGAGACUUCCUCCUGGCAAGAGCCUCUUCGACUCAGUCCCGUCUUCUCCUCCGACCACAACCAGCCCCCGCAAGUUCUGCCACUGCCAAACCACACCUCCUCCAACCCCCCACAGAGCCCAAACCCCUCUGACCUCUGACCCCUGCUCUCACCUGGGCAACGUCCGCCUCUCCUCCCUGAUCCCGACUCUGGACGUGACGGCCGAGUACAUCUCCUCUGUGGAACUCCUCAAAACCCACCCCCUGCACCCGAACAAAGCCCAGAGCCUGAGCCAGUCCCAUUUAGAAGACUUCACUUACUUCUUCCCAGAGGACCACGAACCAGCCCCCCGGCAGCCCGACUCUCCCCCGGCGUGGCCCACUCACUCUGGGUUGAGCGAGGAGCAGGCCAGGGCGCAGUGCCGGGGAACGCUGGUGAAUUCCAGUAUCGCUCAAGGUUGCGCCAGGCUGCUCCAAAAGUCUACGCUGGAUCAGGCUGUGGAGAUGUGUGUGUCCGACCUGCAGCUCAAAGAUGAAGACUCGUGGUUGAAUGGGACGCUCCCCCUGCUGGAGAAUGAGUGCGAGCGCAGGCUGGUGGAGCAGAGGAGGAGGGAGGACUAUCCUGAGGUCCUGGCAAUUCUGAGGUGUCCCAGUCUGUGCAGUGGAAAUGGGCAGUGCUCAGAGUGGGGCUGCGUGUGCUUCCCUGGCUUUGGCUCGUACGACUGCAGCUCUCUGUCUGAUCAGAUCCCGGAGAUCAGUGAGCUGGAGAGAUCCGGUGUGUGUGACGUGCGACAGGCCGACUGCAGCCGCGUGCGUGUGUUUGGACACGGCUUCAGAGACUCGUAUCAGCUCAAGUGUGAGUUUGUCCAAGAAAAGUUUGUCGAUGGUGAGUGGGUUUUGGAUGAGCCCCGGUUGGUCCUGGCCUCGUUCCUAGAUGUGACUGCUCUGGAAUGCCAGCUCCCCCUAGAGGACAGACGGCUCCCCGCAGUCUCUCAGCAGCCAACAGCGGCAGAAGCCAACAGAGCCGUGUCCCGCUGGCAGAUCCGAGUUUCCAAUGAUGGCUACAGCUACAGUAACGCCAAGAUCGUGACGCUGUAUGACGGGCGCUGCCACAUCUGUAAUGCCGGGACGGAACUCCUCUGCACGCUCAGGGAGAAGACUUGUUUUAUCUCCGGUGUGUGUUACGGUGAAGGGGAGAUCAGUCCCAUCAGCCCCUGUCUCUCCUGCCUCCCUGACUCCUCCCCCCACACCUGGUCCUCUGCACACAAGAACCAGCCCCCUGUGUUCCAGUCUCUCCCCCCUCUCCUGCGCUCCUUCUCUGGGGACAGUCUUGAGUACCAGCUGCAGGCUCUGGACCCAGAAGGCUCAGCUCUGGUCUUCAGUCUGGUCUCCGGUCCUGACGGCGCCUCUGUGUCCCCCGGAGGUCUGCUCACAUGGAGGACCUCGAACAGUGAAGGGGACGCACACACGAUAAGAGUCUCUGUGAGCGACCGCUGUGCAGCUCAGAGCACAGCGCAAAUACAGGUGUCAGUGCUCCCGUGCUCCUGUCUGAACGGGGGCACCUGCGUCCCCUCCCCCCUCCUCCCCCGGAGCACUGGGGUGUACGUGUGCGCGUGUCCCAGAGGUUUCAGAGGGGGGCGCUGUGACGAGGACAUAGACGACUGCAAACCCAACCCCUGCAGAUACGGACGCUGCAUCGACGCGCCGGGCUCCUUCUCCUGUAUCUGCCCCGCGGGGAUGACCGGUCACACGUGCAGAGAGGACGUGGACGAGUGUCUGUCUCAGCCCUGUUUUCCUGGAGUGGGCUGUAAUAACACACUGGGCUCUUUCACCUGUGGACACUGCCCCCCGGGGUUCAGUGGAGACGGGAGGAACUGCACACAAGAAAACAUAUCAGGGGGAGCUCUGUUUCCAUCGCGGCCCAAAUCCUCCAGGCCUCUGUCUCCCUCUCCCUGCAGCAGGAGGCCCUGUCACCCCGGGGUGCAGUGCUUUGAGAGCGUCCAUGUCUCUGCAGGAUACGUCUGCGGGCCCUGUCCUCAUGGUCUCCACGGAAAUGGACGCAUCUGCAGAAGGACAAACCAGAGAACAGUCCCGGGUGGAGCUGACGGACCUCCCCACGUCAUCACACACAACCCGCCGCCUCCCACCAGCUCCAGCCUGCUCCGGAAACAGCCCGACCGAAGAGCCAGGCCAAAGGACAGAACCACAGAGAGGAAUCAAACUACAGACCUCUCCCCCGCCGUCCACAGAGGGCAGCCCCGGGGGACGCAGCUGACCCCUGACCCCGGCGCAGGGGAGAGGGGAGGGGCAUGUGAGGAGGGGACCUGCUUUCCGGGAGUCCCCUGUGAACCCACUGCUGCUGGGCUUUACAAGUGCAGCUCCUGUCCCCAUGGUUACGCAGGAGAUGGAGUAACAUGUCAAGCUGUGUGCAAAUAUCCAUGUGGAAGGAACAUGGAGUGUUCUCUGCCCAACACCUGCACGUGUAAAGAAGGCUACACCGGCUACAGCUGCCAUAUUGCUGUGUGUCGUCCAGACUGUAAGAACCAGGGCCGCUGUGUGAGGCCCAGUGUGUGUGAGUGUCCUCUGGGAUACAUUGGACCCACCUGUGAAGAGGCCCACUGCGACCCCCCCUGUCUGCACGGAGGAAUCUGUGCAGCCAGAAACCACUGCACCUGCCCCUACGGCUACGUGGGCCCCAGAUGUGAAAUCAUGGUGUGUAGCCGUCACUGUGAGAAUGGAGGGGAGUGUGUGUCUCCUGACGUGUGCAGGUGUAAAACGGGCUGGCAGGGACCCACGUGUGCUUCAGCUCUGUGUGACCCUCUGUGCGCCAACGGAGGAACGUGCAUCAAACCCAACUCCUGCGUGUGCCCCAGCGGCUUCUACGGCGCCCACUGCCACAUCGCCUUAUGUAACCCUCCGUGUAAAAAUGGAGGCCAGUGCAUCAGGAACAACAUGUGCUCGUGUCCAGAGGGCUACACAGGGAGGAGGUGUCAGAGGAGUGUGUGUGAGCCCAUGUGCAUGAACAGGGCCAAGUGUGUGGGGCCCAACACCUGCUCAUGUGCGUCAGGCUGGAGCGGAGACAGGUGCAGCAAACCCGUGUGUCUGCAGAGGUGUAAGAACGGAGGGGAGUGCAUCGGACCCAACACCUGUCAGUGUCCGGCCGGGUGGGAGGGGCUCCAGUGUCAGAGCCCUGUGUGUAAACAGGCCUGUCUGAACGGGGGGAGGUGUGUGCUGCCUGAUUACUGCCACUGUCGCAAAGGAUUCAAAGGACUCACGUGUGCAAUAAAGGCAAGAGACACAAGACACACACUACAGCUGGCAACUUUGAGUGCAGUUCUCUUUAGGUUUCACCAGGAAAUAAGAAAGAAUAAGCCUCGCAAACAUGAAGAGAGACGGAUCUGCGGAGUGAAGAACGAAUGA